AUGAGCCUAACACAUUGGACAAGCUCAGGCUAUCCAGAUUUACGUGGUCCAACUGUAUCAAAAUGUGCUGUUAAAAUUUCACCAGGUGAACAAUACUAUAUUUGUGAUCCUGAUCAUGUCCUUAAUGCUUCAGAAGCACAAUUAUUAAACGAACAACUUCAUAAUUUAACCAUUGGUACACCAUGUCACUGUCAACGACGAUCACAAUGUGCGACAGGUGAUGAUGUCAACAGUCCAUUUCACGGAUUUGUUGCAUCAAUUGCAUUGGUCAACAAUUUACAAAUGACCAUUCACAGUCCAUCCGAACAGCAAUUAUUAGAUCGAGCAGAAAGUUUUUGUCGUACACUUGAAGGACGCUGGGCACUUGGUGAUUGCGGUAAUUCGGUCCUUGUAUUUAUAUGGAAACAUUAUAAAAAGAUAAUUAUUUGGCCAGCUCGACUUGCUCAACGAUAUGUUACGGCUAGAGAAAGGCGACGAAUUUUAGACGAUGUAAAUAAUUUAAUACAAAAUGAUAAAUGGUAUGAAGCGCUUAAACGGGUCAUCGCAGCAUUACACAAUGAAUUAAAAGGUGAACCAGAAGUUCGUAUUGAUACGGGUACAUUAUCAUUGAUUAUUGCUGUUGGUGUUGCUGUUUUACUUACUAUUAUGAUUACAUGUUGUGUAUGCGCAUUCCGUUGCUGUGGCAAUAUGCGAUCAGAUCAAUCGGAUCGAUUUGGCAAAUCAUUGCAACAGAUUGAUAGCUUACGAGCUCAAAUCAUACGACAUGGUACACAGUUAAGACGCUCUUUUUCACGAUCACCAAAAUUUGGCAGUUUUCGAGAAUGUUCAAUGAAUAGCUCAUUUAUUAGCGAUGCUGGAAAUGCAACAUUUGUUUGA